UGCAAUCCGCUAAUAACUGAGCUAAGAAGAAGAGCUGCAGUUAUUUGUUAUGAUUUAGCAACAUUCAUAGGGAAGCGGUAUCAGCUGAGGAGGGCUCAUAUCGGGAACAUUGCUGCGUUUUUCGUAUUUUAUGAACUAGCAAGGUUACGUUGAAUAACGUUUGCUACUUUCGGUCCCCUUCUUUUUUUCGACGAAUGACUUGGCCUAACGUCCCACUUUAAUUUGACCAGCUAACGUUAACGUUACCCAGAAGAGAGUGAGGAGCAGCGAAUCAACCCACAGCCUUGUGCAGACGCUGUCAGGGCUUUCCAACCUGUCCAUCCGUCCUCUGAAGUAGCUCUCGUCGUAGUGGAGGGACAGGAGCGAAACCCAGCAGGUAGAGAGGCAGCAGGACAGGCAGGACUCAGCAUGCCUCUGUUCUUCAGAAAGAGGAAACCCAGCAGUGACUCCCAGAAGAGACUGGAAUAUCAGCUGUGCCUGUCUAAGGAGGCAGGUGCUGAUGACAUUCUUGAUAUUUCAGCUUGUGAGCUCUCAGAGGUUCCCUCGAGUGCCUUUUCCAUUUGCAAGGUGCUACAGAAGAAGGUCCUUAUCCUCCAUAACAACGAACUGAGGUCAUUGCUGCCCAAAGGAUGUGACAUCAACGCUCUUGCCACUUUAAAGGUUUUGGAUCUACAUGAGAACAAGCUCACUUCACUCCCAGAAGACAUUGGGAAGCUGGCGUCACUGCAGAUUCUGAAUCUGGAGAGGAACCGUUUAAAAGCACUGCCGGACCGUAUCGGGGAUCUGCGACUUCUCCAGACACUCAAUUUGAAGGGUAACUGUCUCAGUGAGCUGCCGUCCUCAGUUGGUUCUUUGAGCAGCCUGCGCACCCUGGAUCUGAGUGACAACAGCAUCAUCCAGCUCCCCAAAGCUCUGGUCUACAUCCGCACCCUAGAGAGUUUUACACUUGAUGCGGCCAUGAUGUCCUACCCGCCUGCGUCCGUGUGUAAAGAGGGCACAGAGAGCAUCCAACGCUUCCUAUGCACCGAGCUGGGAGAGGAGUACUGCCCCCCAUCCCAGUAUCUCCUGCCGGUGCUGGAGAGUGAGUGUGGGAAACAGAACUCUGACUGUGUGGAUGGCUUGGACGAGGCCUGGCAGAAUAAAUUCAGUGACUACGAGAAGAGAAAGGAGCAGAAGCAGCAGUCGAAGCUGGCCUUCGAACGGCACCUGGAGGAGAAGAAAAAAGAGCACACCCAGCUUAUACUCAUGAACUCCUCCCGCAAGGAAAACAUCCUCAACUCAGUCCGACAGGACCAGGAGCGCCUGGAGCUGGAGGUCAGCCAGCAGCAGAGGGCUCAGGAGGCCGAGAGGCUGCUGGUGCUGGAGAAAGUCAGACAAGCUGAAGACAGCAUCAGCAGCCGCGUCUGCAACAUGCUGAUGGACAAAAACAGGCAGAAAAAGAGUGCAGAGUUUCUUCAAGCCAUGGAGGAAGAUCGGAUCCGUAUGGAGCACCUGACUGCCAUCACACAGGAAGAAACCAAUUCACUGAGGAAGAGGGAGGUGGCAGUUGCCAUGCAGAAGCUGCUGUCAGACAGCUGUGCUAUGAGCCUCCUCCAGGAGGCCAGUGACUUUCGCAGACAGAGCCUGGUGUCUGAGGCCUACAGAAGUAUGGAGAAUUUGGACAGGAAGUUUGAUAAGAUGCUGUCCCUCCAAGUUUUGGACAAAUCUAAGGCCAUCGCCCAAAUCUUACAGGAGGAGGAGAUGCAGAAAGCAGCGUUCCAGGCCCUGCAGCUGCAGAAAGAUGCUGUACACGGCUACAUCCGCAACCAGAUCAAUCUCAUAGAGGGGGAGUUAAUGCAGCUAACUAGACUGGAGAUUAAAAGACGCAGUCUGGAUGCUGAGAACCUGCAGGAGGUUCUGGUGGAGCAGCGCACAGCUCUCAGUGAUUUGUUGCAGCAGCUGCUGAAGCAGAGAGACCAGCGAGAGCAGGAGCUGCGGCAGGUUCUGGUGGAGAUGGAGCUGAAGUCUGAGUCCAAUCAGCAGAACUACUGGAUGAUCCAGUACCAGAGGCUGUUGGAUGCCAAGCCGCUGUCUCUGCGCAUGCAGGAAGCGGGUGUGGAGAAGGAGUUGGUCAACCUGUUAUGCAAACUGUCCGCUCAGCACUACCUGCCCAUCCUGGCUCAUCAUCGAGUGACAACGAAGGCCCUUCGCCACAUGAACUCAUCUGACCUCAAGAAGCUUGGCAUUAAUGAAAUAGGAAUCCAGAAAGCUCUUCUGGACUGGGCUCAGGAACACUACCCUGAAGGAGCUUGUAAGGCUGUCCAGCAGGACGAGGGGGCAGGGGUUGCCCCCACAGCUCCACCCCUUUCCUCCCCUCUGUCGUUUCCCAGCACCUCCACCAUCCAGAUGCCCAGCCCACCGCUCACCCCAGGGACCCCCGUCACCCCCUCCGCCCCCAGCCCUGUGGACGGACCGGGGGGCUCAGAGUGUGUGGUCUGCAUGGAGACCGGGUCUCAGGUAAUCUUCCUGCCCUGUGGCCAUGCGUGCUGUUGUCAGGUCUGCAGCGGUGCUCUACAGAACUGCCCUCUGUGUCGGGGCAACAUAUCCCAGCGCAUUCGCCUCUACCACAGCUAGGACCAACUGCACUGUGCUACUCCUUCACUCUCUUUAUUUAUGCAUGGUCAUAUAGCUGCUGUGAGCUGACCUCAUGUAUAAAAAAAGCUUUGAGCAGGUUUUUAAAGAGCUGAGCCACUUUAAUUUUAUUAAUCAAAAGUCUAAAUAGAUUUAUUUUAAUUAUCUUGUGUUUUUGGUUGUGUGAGCCUGUUUCAUUUUGUUCUUUCUAAAUUCUAUUAUUUUUUUUAAAUUAUACUGUAUAUUUGGAGCCAAGUGGACUACACCGCUCACUGGUUGAAGACUGACUGUUCUUUCUUAUUAUAGUUUCUCACUUGAUGUGUGCCUUCUUCUGAAAAUGUCUUUUUUAAAACUA